UAGGAUGGAGUAUUCUAUUCUAUUAGAGUGAAAUUGGUAGUGGUCUCCUCUCUCUCCCCCAGCCUGCCUCGAGUCGUACUUACAUGGGUUAUCCUUCCCUAUCAAAAGGGAAGGCCAACCAAAAAUAUCUUAUAUAUAACUCACAUUUCCACUUCGUCUUCCUCAUUACUGCUGAUUAUUGUUUCUGCCAACUGCUAAACUGUGAGAAAGAUUUCAUCUUGCAAAGUGAUCACCAAGUUAUCAUGAGCUCUUGUCAUAUUUGCUUCCUUUACUUGAUGAUGCUUAUCAUUACAGAUUGGAAUCUUGGAAUUCAAUCGGGUCCUUCAAACAAGUUUUUACGAUCUUCUGAUGAAAUUAAUAAUAACCAAUCAACAACACUAUCCAAGAAACUACAACAGCCAAGUCAAAGAAAGCUUUUGGUUCAUGGUACUUGCACAAACAGAGAUAUAAGCAUCUCACAAAGUAGAGAUUCCACUUCUGGUAUCCCACAGUACAUAGUUCAGAUUUUCAACACCUGUGUUUCAGGUUGUGCUCCUUCAGAUAUCCAUCUCCACUGUGGUUGGUUUGCUUCUGCAAGAAUGGUAAACCCAACAACUUUCAAGAGGCUUUCCUAUGAUGAUUGCUUGGUAAAUGGAGGGAAAUCUUUGAAGAACAGUCAGAUUAUCAGAUUCACCUAUUCAAACUCCUUCAUGUACACACUUGCAUUCAAAUCUGCCAAAUUCUGUCAAGCCUAAAACAACCUUCAAUGGUGGAAGAAGAAAGAAGAGAAACAAUUCCACCGUAUAUAUAUAUAAUAGCUAAACGGGAAAUGAACCUCGAAUCCGAGUUAUUGAUCCCAAUUCUCAAAAGUCAAAGCAGAUCCCCAUGAAGAAGGAGAAACGAUAUUAUCUCAGCUUUUAGCUUUUUUACUUCCUAUAGUACAUAGAACAGUGAAUCUAAACCUCUCCCUCUUGUGAAAAUUCAAAGCCGGGUUUUGAGUUUCACUUUUCACUACCGUUUUACAUAUUAGGAUAUUGAAUCUGAACCUGCAAUAGUGUUCCAUCAUCCCCAGAAACUAACAUUAUUCUGGAAUUAUAAAAAAAAAAAUUAGUAAAAAAGGCUACUGUUUCUAUAGCUGCAUGGUGCUUGGAAGGUCUGAAACAGGGUGCUCUUUUAUGGCUUUACGUGUGCUCUCGUUGCAGUUUGUCUUUUCUUUUGCUUUAACGCAUAAUGCCAUCUUGUUUUAUACCUGAGAGUGUGAGAAAGAGAGCUUCCCUCUUACCUCGAGUCUUUUUCUUUUUUUUGUCAAGAUACCUAGAGUCUUUUUGAGCUAAGGAUGAUGGGAGCAGUACCAAAGGAGAAGGGAGAUGAAGGUAAAAAAGCACAAAAUGUUGCAACAGAGGAAGGAUAAGCUAGGAGACUGUUUUUGCAUACAUUUUUUUUGGCCUUUCUGUGUUGCGCAAAUUGGGAAUGAAUGAACAAA